AUGGACCUGACGCUGCCUCCUCAUGAAGGCUCCAAGCUGUCAGUGGUGGACAUGCACACGGGAGGAGAGCCGCUGCGCAUCAUCGUGGGCGGGUACCCCUCAGUCCCGGGGCCCACGCUGCUGUCCAAGAGGCGCCACGUCCGGGAGCAGCUGGACCACCUGCGCAGGGUCCUGAUGUUCGAGCCGCGCGGACACUACGACAUGUACGGCGCCCUCCUGGUGGACAGCGAGCUCCCCGAGGCGGACAUCGGGGUUCUCUUCAUGCACAACGAGGGCUACAGCACCAUGUGUGGGCACGCCGUGAUCGCCCUGGGGCGCUUUGCCGUGGACUAUAAACUGGUGAAGGAGCCGCGGUCCCCAGAGACUCAAGUCAACAUCCACUGCCCCUGCGGACUGGUCAAGGCCUUUGUGGAGGUCAGCGACGGGCAGACUGGGGCGGUGCGCUUCCACAGUGUGCCCGCCUUCGCGUUUGCUACAGACGUUGUGGUGAAGGUGGAGGGACAUGGAGAUGUGCAAGUGGACAUCAGUUAUGGAGGAGCUUUCUACGCUUUUGUGGACGCUCAAAAGUUCGGCCUGGACGUGAACAAGUCCAGGACUCGAGAUCUGGUCGAUGCUGCCACAGCGGUGACCAAAGCUGUCAAAGCUCAGGUGAAGCUAAACCAUCCAGUCAGUGAGGAUUUAGCUUUUUUGUACGGGACAAUUCUUACAGACGGCAAAGAUGAAUAUUCCUCUGAGCCCACGUCCAAUGUCUGUGUGUUUGCAGAAGCACAGGUGGACAGGAGCCCCACUGGUUCCGGAGUGACGGCUCGAGUGGCGCUUCAGUUUCACAAAGGUCUGAUCAAACUGAACCAGACCAGGACCUUCCAGAGCGGAGCUACAGGGUCCCAGUUCACGGGGCGAGCUGUGGAGGAGACUGUGUGUGGAGACUUUAAGGCCGUUGUGGUGGAAGUUUCAGGCAGAGCUUUUUACACCGGUGUUUCCCAUUUCGUUCAAGAGGCCAAUGAUGACCUCACUCAGGGAUUUCUCCUGAAGUGA